AUGGAGGUUGCCGGAGAUAAUUUAGUAGAAGCUCCAAAUCCAAUCCAUGGAGACAUCUUGGAGUCAAUAUUCAAUCACGUUCCUCUCAUAGAUCUUGUUCCUGCCACUUACGUGUCCAAGUCCUGGAAAUUUGCAGUUUCCACUUCUCUGCAGGAAGGUGCUGGUGGUCGACGCCGUCGCUCCAAGUACAGAAUCAAACCAUGGCUUCUAAUCUACAGCCAGACCACAAGGUUUCCUCACUCAACUACAGCACACGCUUACGACCCACGUUCACACGUUUGGGUUCAGAUCCAUCAGCCAUCUAUCAAGUUCGUCUCAGCCCUCCGAUCCUCUCACUCCACUCUCCUUUACAUGCUUUCACCCUCCAUCUUUUCCUUCUCUUAUGACCCUCUCCACCUCACCUGGCACCACAUCAAGGCCCCACUCAUGUGGAGAACCGACCCCAUUGUGGCCAUGGUUGGCAAACGAAUCGUCAUCGCUGGCGGCACCUGUCACUUCGAAGACGACCCUUUGGCUUGCGAAAUGUAUGACCUGGAGACCAGCGAGUGGGAAACGUGCGAGUCCAUGCCUGCGAUAUUCAGGGAAUCAGCUGCCCCCACCUGGCUCUCCGUUGCAGUGAACUCCAACAAGAACAAAAUGUACGUUGUAGAGAAAAGCACGGGGGUAGCUUACUCCUUCGAUCCCAGCAUCAAGGCAUGGCAUGGACCUCACCAUCUGCGUCCUCAUACAAUAACUAGUAUCUGCCGCUACUUCAUUGGAUUUGCCAAUAAUGAUCGUUUGAUUUUGGUUGGUAUAACGGGAGAUGAUGAUAUUGAAAGCGUAAAACUGUGGGAGGUGGACUGCGAGUCACCGGAGAUUCUCAGAGACAUUGGAGAAAUGCCAAAGCAACUGGUGGACAAGAUGAAAGUCCGCGGUGAUGAUGGCAUGGGCUUUGACAUGUCCACAUGGUCGUCAAUAAGUGUAAGUUUAAUGGAUGAUUUUGUUUACAUAUACAGCAGUAGUGAUGGAGGAGGAUCAAUCAUCAUGUGCGAGAUUGGUGGUGGGGAUGAAAGCAGUGCGGAUAACUGGAGUAGUGUUGUGAGUAUGAAUGCAGGAAAUGAUGUGGACAGAUAUCGAUUAACAAAUAGGAUAGUUUUAGCUUGUUCAAAAGUCGGUUUGGAUGACCUAGAUAAGGCUAUCAUGAGUAAGAGUAGGAAAUUUUCUACCAGAGACAUUAUGUAA